CAAUAUAAAAAAUGUGAUCGAUACGGAUUUCCUUCUCACUUCAGCAGCCUCUUCCUCUCAAGCAAGCCAAAUUCUUCUUCUUCUUCCAGUCAAGCCGCCUAUAGCUUCUUCUUGCUCUUUCUGUUACUACUUCUGCUUAUUUUAUAUUGGGCUGAUCGAUCAGAUAUGGGCUGUCUUGUGGGGCUCAUGUGUUACUUUUUUGAUAUGAAAAUCAUCAGUCUUCUGGAGGAGAAGAGGAUUCACCCGGAUUUCUCUGACCCCGAGGUUAAUGAAGUUGAUAUCUACGAGUUCGACCCUUCUGACUUGCGUGGGCUCUCUGAAAGUGACUCCGAUGAACAAGGAUGGUACUUUUUCUGUCAGCCUUAUUAUAAGUAUGCGAAGAGUAAACGUGCCAACCGACGAACCCCUGGAGGUUAUUGGAAAAUAACUGGGAGAGGUUGUGCUGUCAAGAAUAAAAGAGGGCAAGUCAUCGGCAGCAAAAAGAACUUGGUUUUUUACAGACUCGGUGGUUCUUCCAAGGAAGUCAAGACUGACUGGGUUAUGCAUGAAUUCUAUGUUAAGGAUGAGAAAGACCCGCGUUACCAGAAGGAUUUUGUUCUCUGUUUCAUAGAAAAAAAAUCAAACAAGUCUGGCGUUUCAACUCCUGAUGAUGGCCAACCAAGUGACUGUUUGUCUUCUGAUUGUAUAAGCCAAGUUACAGAAUGUCCUCAUAUAGAGGUUGAGUCGCAGCAGCCAUCAUCAAGUCACCGUUUGAGUUAUAAUUCUGGAGAGAAUAUUACAGAAAUUUCUUUUUCAGGAGUGGAACCUCAACCACUGCAAACUGCCAAUUUGGUGAGGGAUCCAGGAAGUUUGUUUCGAGAAAGUACUAACUCAUUGGUAGAAUCCCGACCGCUAUUGGAUAACAAUUUUGUUCCUGACCAGAUGAAUCUUUUUGCAGAAAUUACUUACCCAAUGCAGGUAGACCCUCAACUACUAGCUGAACUUUAUUCAACCAAUAGCUCUUGUUGGUUAAAUCAAAGCCCUCUCCCUGCACCACAGUUGCCAACUAAUCCAGACCAAUACCAGGGAUUCAAUUCCUCCACAUACUCAACUGGGUUUUGGGAAGACUGUAAUAUGCAGGAUUUUCAGUUUCAUGCUGAUUUUGGAGAUGCAAUUUCACUAUUGGACUUGGAGAAUUGACAUCCAAGUGAAAUAACUGGACAUUUUUCCUUUUUGCGGAGACAUUGAAACCAUCAGCAAGACACUAGUGGACUUUAUACCACAUUGAAAUUCCAUAGGGGAAUAUUAUUACUCUAAAAUUCUAUCAUCAUUUUAGGAUUGAGAUACUUGUCAUCAAUCCAAUGGUCUAUUUUUAUUAUAAAUGUAUGUUUUGAGUUUUAAAAGAGGAAGAGAAGAAAAAUAUUAGGGUUUUGGUUUAAGGGCAGCCAUUCUUAGCUGAUUUAGAGAGGUCUCCAACGCCUCGAAAGGUUGGAAAAUGAGAGGUCCCGAACUCGAAUUGUUUGGUUUAUCUUUGUAAUGUUUUAGUUAAUGUAAUAGUUUUACUUUACUAUGUUUUUUGUGUUUUAAUUGAAUAAGAGCUGGGUUCCUAACAAAUAGUAUCAGAGCAUUCGAUCUAGCGGAGAAAAUAGAUGAUGGCCGGAAAAGUAAAGAGCUGCCUGAAAAUAUUUACGGAGGAGGCUGACUUGAAGAAGAAUGAGAGAAAUGAGUCGGUGGUUACAUGCUGGAAAAGUGU